GGAAUGUGGCUCUUAAUCUUUUACAACAAUUAGUAGACUCGAAAAAAAGGAUUUCUGAGUUGGAAGAACAAAUUAAAGAAUUGCAGCAAAAUCUAGAACAACGAGCCGAAAUUGUUAUAGAGAAACGUUAA